AUGGAAGUCAUGAAUGUAGUUGCCAUCUUGGUUGUCCAACCACCUCAGUGCCGAGUUGAAGAACACACUAAACACAGACUCUCCGAGACUUUAAGGAGUUUACAGACUAAAGACAACUUCCUUCCUACUGAGAGACACACUCACACACACUCAAACACGCACUCAGGAGAGAGAAAGGUGGAGGGAGAGGCAGAGGAACAGAAGGAAAGAGAGGGAGGUAGAGGGGGGAGGAAGGCAGAGGGAAGGGGUGAGGUAGGAGGGAGAGAGGGAAAGGGAGAGAAAGAGGAAGAGAAAAGAAUACGAAGGGAGGGAGAGAAGGGAAGAGAGAAGGGAAGAGAGAGAAGGGAAAAGAGGGCCGAGGAAGGGAGAGAUGGGAGGAAGGAGCAAGGGAGGAAGAAAGAGAGACAGAAAGAGAGACAGAGAGAGCUGAAUAGCAGUAUAGAAAGAAGAGAAUCCAACCCCUGA